AUGUCGCAAAAAUUCCCUGAGGUCCAGGGAGGAGGCUCCCUAAUCAUUGCCUGGCAAGCAAAGAAUAAACAUAUCCUGGUAGUCGGUGGGGGAGAGGUCGCAGCCGGUCGCAUUCUCCACGCCCUCAACGCCGACGCCCGAGUGACGGUCGUGUGCCCCGCGGCCGGCCUGAACGAGGAGGUAGCCUACCGGGUGGCCCAGGGCCAAGUGACGCACGUCGACCGGACCUUCGAACCCCUCGACCUCGACACCGCCGACAUGGUGCUCUGCGCCAUCGACGACCCCGCGGCCUCGACGCGCGUCUGGCAGCUCUGCAAGGAGAAGCGCAUUCCCGCCAACAUCGCCGACGUACCCCCCGAAUGCGACUUCUACUUCGGUAGUAUGCACCGCGACGGGCCCCUCCAGAUCAUGGUCAGCACCAACGGCAAUGGCCCCCGGCUGGCUAGCAUUGUCCGCAAGAAGAUCGCCGCCACGCUGCCGGGCAACAUGGGCGCCGCCAUCGAGAACGUCGGCCUGCUGCGGAGGAAGUUGCGCGAGACCGCGCCCAACGUCGAGGAGGGGCCGAAGCGGAUGAAGUGGAUGUCGGGUGUUUGUGAGUCGUGGAGCUUGGAGGACCUCGUGGAGAUGGAGGAGCGGGAUAUGGAGGGCCUUCUGGCUUUCUAUGCCUCCGGGGAAAUUCCCCCGUUGAAGGAGAUUCGGGCGAAAGCGACGGGGAAUUGA